GGCCCGGCGCGGACCUGCCGCCGCCCGGGCUCGGGGCCGUCCCGAGGUCCGAGCCCCGGAGGCCCUCGCCCGGGACCCGGAGAGGCGGCGGCGAUGGCGAGGCGCGGCGCGGGGUCCUGAGAAGCGAGGCCUGCUCCGCGGGGAGCGGAGGCGCCUGGGGAGGCGAGGAAAUAAAUUCCCGCGGAAAGGGGUGCACGCUAAGUUUGUUCCGAGAGGUCGGCCCGGGAGGCGCGGGUGUGGGACGGAGCCGCCGCCGCCGCGCUCGCCGGGGGCCGGCCGCGCACUCGGGCACCCCCGGCGGGAGAAAGGGCGCUUUCUGGUUGGCGCAGGGUCCUCGCGCGGCUCCCUCCAAGCCCGUGCUGGUGCUUUCCGACUGCUGCUCAGCGGCGAUCACAGCUUUGAGGACCAAGUCACGGGGGAGCCCAAGUCCGUCCCUGCCGACUCUCGCACCCACCGCGAUGGGCAGCUGUCAGAGGGACGUCGGUGCAUGGGAAGCAGAACGCCCCGGACGUCGGAUUGUCCGCCUGCCAGCUGCCUGCGGAGGACGAGGGACCUCUGAGCCCUCGCGUGUACCGCCGGGCCCGGGGAGCUGGGCUUGUGAGGCAGAGGUUGGAUUCUUCUAGGCGGCAGCAUUUUCAUCUGGACGCUUACUGCUCACUGAAAAGACACUUGAAAUCUGCAAGUAGUGGAACCACAACCUGUCUUUCAUUUGGGGAAGCGAUAGCCCAUGUGCCGUGGACAUGAACGGGGAGCAGCAGCUUGACACAGAUGCUGGAUCUGGAGUGGAAGAAGUUGAAUUAAGCUGGGAAGAUUACCUCGAAGAGACAGGGUCCUCUGCAGUUCCUUAUGGGUCAUUCAAACAUGUGGACACGCGUUUGCAAAAUGGCUUUGCACCUGGGAUGAAGCUGGAGGUGGCUGUGAAGGCAGACCCUGAAACGUACUGGGUGGCCACCGUCAUCACCACCUGUGAGCAGCUGCUGCUCUUGCGCUAUGACGGCUAUGGCGAGGACCGCAGCGCCGACUUCUGGUGUGACAUCAGGAAGGCUGGCCUCUACCCCAUUGGGUGGUGUGAGCAGAACAAGAAGACCCUCGAAGCCCCGGAAGGCAUCAGAGAUAAAGUGUCUGAUUGGGACGAGUUUCUGCAGCAGACCCUGAGGGGAGCGUGUAGUCCUCCUGUUUCACUGCUAGAGGGCCUCCGUAAUGGGAGGAACCCUUUAGAUCUCAUUGCUCCAGGUUCCAGGCUGGAAUGUCAGGCUUUCCGGGACUCCUUAAGCACUUGGAUUGUUACUGUGGUAGAAAACAUCGGGGGAAGGCUGAAACUACGUUACGAAGGACUUGAAAGUUCUGACCGUUUGGAACACUGGCUGUAUUACUUGGAUCCGUUUCUUCAUCAUGUUGGUUGGGCUGCUCAACAAGGAUAUGACCUUCAGCCCCCGUUAGCCAUCAGGCAUAUGAAAAAUGAAACUGAGUGGCAAGAAAUCUUGGCCAAAGUGAGAGCGGAGGAAGAAGAGCCAUUACCAUCAUAUUUAUUUAAGGACAAACAAGUGAUUAGCACUCAUUCAUUCUCUGUGAAUAUGAAAUUGGAAGCUGUGGACCCCUGGUCUCCUUUUGGGAUCUCUCCUGCUACAGUUGUUAAGGUUUUUGAUGAGAAGUACUUUCUGGUGGAGAUGGAUGAUUUGCGACCGGAGACGCGUGCUCGACGAUCUUUUGUGUGUCAUGUUGACAGCCCUGGGAUUUUCCCUGUGCAGUGGAGUCUCAAGAAUGGUUUACACAUCAGCCCCCCUCCUGGCUACCCGAGCCAGGACUUCGACUGGGCCGACUACCUCAAACAGUGUGGUGCUGAAGCUGCCCCACAGAGGUGCUUUCCCUCGUCAGUCCCUGAGCAUGAAUUUAAGGAGAAUAUGAAGCUUGAGGCGGUGAACCCGCUUCUCCCUGAGGAAGUGUGCGUCGCCACCAUCACUGCAGUGAGAGGUUCCUACCUGUGGCUCCAGCUUGAAGGUUCCAAGAAGCCCAUCCCUGAAUGUAUUGUGAGUGCGGAGUCCAUGGACAUAUUUCCUUUGGGCUGGUGUGAGACGAAUGGCCACCCGCUCAGCGCGCCUAGAAGAACUCGUGUAUACAAACAGAGGAAAAUUGCCGUGGUUCAGCCAGAAAAACAAAUACCGUCUUCAAGGACUGUCCAUGAAGGCCUGAAGAACCAGGAGCUGAAUUCCACAGACUCAGUUAUGAUUAAUGGAAAAUACUGCUGUCCAAAGAUAUACUUCAACCACCGUUGUUUCUCAGGGCCAUAUCUUAACAAAGGAAGAAUUGCUGAGCUGCCUCAAUGUGUAGGACCUGGGAACUGUGUUCUGGUCCUUCGAGAGGUCCUUACUUUACUUAUCAAUGCAGCCUAUAAACCCAGUCGUGUCCUUCGAGAGUUGCAGCUGGACAAAGACUCGGUGUGGCAUGGAUGCGGGGAAAUCCUCAAAGCCAAAUACAAAGGAAAGAGUUAUCGUGCUACUGUUGAAAUAGUGAAAACAGCAGACCGGGUGACUGAAUUCUGCCGGCAAACUUGUAUCAAACUGGAGUGCUGUCCUAAUCUUUUUGGUCCACGGAUGGUUCUGGAUAAGUGUUCUGAGAACUGCUCUGUACUUACAAAGACCAAAUAUACACACUAUUAUGGAAAGAAGAAAAAUAAAAGAAUUGGAAGGCCACCCGGCGGGCAUAGUAACUUAGCAUGUGUCCUGAAAAAAGCCAGUAAGAGGAGAAAGAGGCGGAAAAAUGUCUUUGUUCAUAAGAAGAAGCGCUCUUCUGCAUCUGUUGACAAUACGCCCGCAGGCUCUCCCCAGGGAAGUGGGGGUGAAGAGGACGAUGACCCUGAUGAAGGGGAGGAUGACUCCCUCAGUGAGGGCAGUACAUCUGAGCAGCAGGACGAGCUGCAGGAGGAGUCGGAACUGUCAGAGAAGAAGUCCUGCUCCUCUUCACCCACCCAGAGCGAGGUCUCCACGUCGCUGCCCCUCGACAGACAGAGGAGAAAGAGAGAGCUCCGCACCUUUUCGUUUUCUGAUGAUGAGAAUAAACCUCCUUCACCAAAGGAAAUAAGGAUCGAAGUUGCUGAGAGGCUGCACUUGGACAGUAACCCGCUGAAGUGGAGCGUGGCGGACGUCGUGCGGUUCAUCAGAUCCACCGACUGUGCUCCGCUAGCGCGGAUAUUCCUAGACCAGGAAAUUGAUGGGCAGGCCCUGUUGCUUCUCACCCUCCCCACCGUUCAAGAGUGCAUGGACUUGAAACUGGGCCCUGCUAUCAAACUUUGCCAUCACAUAGAGAGAAUCAAGUUUGCUUUUUAUGAGCAGUUUGCCAACUGAGAAGGACAACCAAAGCGAGCUGUAUCUUUGAAGCACAAAUACAGCAAAUCCUUCGCCCAUUCUACCAAGGGAGCUGAAACGGCCUGGGGCUGGGGGCCCUGGGUGUCAGCUUGCUUGCUCUGCACUUUCAGGGGAGGAGGAUCCAGAGAGGGAGCAGAAACUGCACGAAGUCGCUCUCCUGCCAGGGACCAUGGGGGCUUCUCUUCAGAUCGCAGUUUUUAAAAAAUUAAGGUUGUGAAGAAAAGACUCAUAAGAAGAAUAAGCAUUUCCAGUGAUGUGGCCUGAAAAUGAAGAAUAAUCUAGACUGUUGGAAAGCACCCCUUUUGGGAUUUUUUUGUGUUUGUUUGUUCCUUCCCAUUGUAGAUUGAACUUUGUUCUCUGCUUUCUCUUUCUUAGAAAGAGAGGACAUAGCUUUAAGUCAGCACUGAUUUGGGACUGUGCCUAAGGCAUAUCAGUGCUUCAUUGUCAUCGUGUUUUUAAGCUUUUUUUAAAUUAAAACAAGUUCAUUUUGGGGAUGAUCACGUGGCUCUAGGGUUUUGAAUGUACAGUCACACUUUGAAUCAUUUUAAAACCUAUUCUUAGGAGUUCCUUUGUUUACUACCUCUGUUGAUAAGAGAGCUUAUAGCCAUGUCUGAGGAUUUUUGGUAUGAUGCCACUUUGAAGCUCCAAGAACACUAAACUAAAAAGAAGUUGGAGUCUGGGGAACACGGCUUUCUCGCAAACAUUGUAUGAGCAUUUACACCACUUCCUUUAACUGACCAGAUCCCUGGUUUUCCACCUUGACCCAGCUUGGGUUUAUCCGAUUCACAGUAGUAUAGAUUGUUGUUUUUCAGCCUAAUUGCUCUCUCUCCAGUGAUUCCAGAGGGCGUCCUUGCUGUUUAUUUGUGUUUGCUUUUCUCUUCAGUUGUUUGUCUUACUGUUUAAUUUCUAGAAUCCUCACUUUAGGGAACUAUCAGUCAGUGCUCUUGGACAUAUAGUAAGGCCCACUUUCCCUCCUUUGCGUUGUCAGGCAGUUCAUACAGAAGGGGCAACAGAGGGAAUGUUUGGGAGGGUGGUACCGUGUAUGGAUUCCCUCUGUGGCUGGAGGAGGCUGAGAAGUAGUUAAGGUUUGGGUAAUAGCUUUGUGCAGUCAAAGAUUUUACUUGUUUUCUUUUUUGUUGUUUAUAUUUUUAAACCUUUUAGUUGAACAGAAUCACAAUCAGGGACUUGUUUUUAUCUUAGGUGUUUCUUUUCACCCAGUUCAAGUUGACAUGAAACCAUUCUGGUUGAAUUUUCAUUUAUGAUUUUUAGCGCUAUUAUGGAAUUAGAAAAUUAGCAAUAUUCCAUGUACCAGCCAUGAAGAAUGAGAGAAAAAAAAUUAUAUAGGUUACCUCCUUCACAUGAUUUGCUUUGCUAUUUUCUUUUUUUGUUUUGUGUGAUUAUUUUUGUUUUUAUUUUUGUGCUGGGGAUCAAACCCAGGUCUCAUGCAUGCAGAGCAUGCACUUUGCCAGUGAGCCACAUUUCAGCUCUGCUGAGUAUUUUUUAAAAAUUGUCCUAGUCAUUUGCGAAUUUAUAACCUAAUUAUUCGUUUUCAAUAUUUUAAAAAAAAUUUAAGCUACAUACUGAGUACAUUUUAAUUAGCUAUACAAAUAUAAAAUAAUGUUAUUGACAUUGAUUAUACCUUUUCUUAACUUCAACACACACACACUUUUAUGACCACUGACACGCAUCCUAUACUCUGAGCCCUCUUUUCAUUGGAUAAUUUAGGAACCACUUGAAGCCCUGCAAGCCAAGUCAUAUUAGAGCAUCUACUAUUUUGAUUGCUACCAGAGCACUGGAAGGAAGCAUCACUUAAGUAAAAGUUAAUAUGUUUGACCUUAUUGCGUGGGCUUGUGCAGACCGGAGCAGGGUGGGCCGGAGCUUAGUCCAGUCCAUGGCCAUUACCCUGAGUGUGCGAGGUCGAGCACCUCAGUGAACCAUCUAAAACCUCAAGCACAUGCUUGCUGAGAUCCUGGUCGAGAUAAACCAACAAAUAAACCAUGUAUUGGGCCAGACCCCCCCUCGCCUCCCCCCAAAAAGUUAAUAUGUUUGAAUUUACUUACUCAGAAAUUCAGUUUUUCAAAUUCUGAUUAAUUUGUGCCUGUGGAAGGAAAGCAAAGAUAAGGGACUUAGAAACAACUAGCAUUCAGCACAUAGACUUUUGGGAGGGGGCGUAUCUCAUAAUAACAUUCCCUAAGAGCUCAGCAGUCAAGGAGGGCUUCUUGUAGAUAAGCGGAACAGGAAAUUUCUGGAACUAAUGAACACUGUUGACUUACUCAGGAAAAUGAGAUUUCCUCCUAGAGGAAAUUGACCAAAACAAGAAGAAACCUUCCUUUGUCUAAUCCUCGCUACUUUCCCAGAAACCAUAGAUUUUUAGAACCACACAGAGUCCUGAGUAGUCGGGUCUGGAGAAUCAGGAACAUCGUUGUUCGUGCUCAGCUUCUUACAGACAUAGUAGGGUUUCUCUGAGUGUCUCGUGAACACUGAUGCUGAGAUGGCUUAUUAGGUAGUGCGUUAAGGGAUGAUGACCUACUUCUAACCCUCACUUCCAGAUAUUAUAUACGAAAGGAUCAUUGUCCUGGAAUUUGAUGCCUUUUUUUUUUUUUAGUAUAAAAUGUUAAAGACUUCUGGGACUGGACUGAAGUGACAGUCUGAUUUCCUGUGAUUCUAAAGCAGAUUUUAAUAGCUGAUCAUCUUGGGGCAAAAAUGUGUCUUGUACUUAGGAACAUGAUCUGUGUUUUUAAAUGAUUUUUAAAGAUUUAUGUGCUACAUUAUAAAUGGACUACAUUUGUCUGGAUUUCACCUCAACUAGCUGGCAGCACAGCCUGUCUUGAGAUCAGAAAGAUUUCCACGAUCCGGUUUUAAUUCUGAAUUGGCAACCUUGGUAACAAGUGAGCAGACUACAUCAUCCUCUUGAGCCUUCACUUGAAAUGGUUGACAGUUAUCAACCUGUUAUCAUGAUAUUAGUGUAUUAGUGACACCUUUAGCGUGAAGAUGGCUACGACAUUUUACCUAUAUCUCAUGAACUUCUGGGAACUAUACUAUUUUCUAUUAUAAAUCACCUUAUUCUCAUUGAAAAAGAGUUGAAAUGAUUAAUGCAGAGAUUGUAUUAACACUGGUCUUUGGCCUGCUUUUUAUUUUAUUUUAUUUUUAAUGUAGGAGGAGGCUCCCCAUAUCUACUGCAUUAUAAAUCUAAAGGUCAGGGAGGGAUUCAUGCCGGGGAGAGUGCUUUAUUGAUAUUUAUUGAACUAUGAUAGUAACGAGAGAAAACCAGUUCAUAACUCUUCUCUUUGAAGUAAAGUUAUUCUCACUCUAAGAGAGAUGCCAUUGGACCAUCAUUUCCAGAUACCUUUUUUUGUGUGGGGGACUUGGGGGAUGUUGUUUUUUGGGGUUCUGUGGGGGCUUUGUUUGUUUGCUCUGUUUUGUUUUGGGGCCACAGCUGGUGGUGCUCGUGGCUUACUCUUGGUUCUGCACUCAGGAAUUACUCAAGGCAGUGCUCGGGGGACCUAUAUUGGAUGCUGGGUUUCACAACCUGGGCUGCCUGUGUGCAAGGCGAGUGCCCUCCCUGCUGUACUAUCACUCAGGCCUGAGCUUGAAUACAUUUUACUUGUGGUUUUAUAUUAGUUUAGUUACUAAUGUGCUACCUGAAAACAGGUUAUAGGCUUUAGGAGGCCUUAGGUGGGGUUUGACUCAGAGCCAUUAUCUUCUCUCAAGUUGAAAAGUAUUUCUGGAGGGCACAGAACAUGAAGGAAUUGUCACCAGUAGGUAAGAUUGAUGUAGAUGGGAACUUUGUGAGAACUGUCACGGGAACUCACAUUUAUGUAGCCCCUAUCACCAAAGACUGUUUAAGACACCUUUGAUUUCCCCGGAAGUUUUGAGAGAGGUGUUAGGAAUUUAACCUCAACAGUGGGACUACAUUCUGGGUUUAAACUCUGGCGAUAUAAGGGCUGGAGCGGGUAGGGUGUUUGCCUUGCACGCAGCUGACCCAGGAUCAAUUCCCAGCAUCCCAUAUGGUUCCCCAGCACUGCCAGGAGUAAUUCCUGAGUGCAGAGCCAGGAGUAACCCCUGUGCAUUGCUGGGUGUGACCCAAAAAGCAAAAAGCAAAAAAAAAAAAAAACCCACCAACUCUGGCGAUAUAUCUUGAGGUUAGUGUAUAUGUGUGUAAAUAUACACAUGUAAGUUCAAAAGUGUUCUGUGUUACCAGUUGGCCUUUUUGAAGAUGAAGGAAAAAAACAUCACUAAGAGGAAUGAAGCAUAAAUAUUGGUUGGGACCAGGCACUCCUUUUUAAGUGUGAGUUACUUUUGGUCCUGCAUCCACUGUAGGUAGCUGAAUACCAAGCUCCUAGUACUGACUCAGAAGCUCACUGUAGGCCAGAGCCGCCUGUGAAGCCAAGAAGAUCACUUUCAUGUAAUCACAGUUCCUUUUCACUUGAUAAGAUUUUGCUAGUGAAUUUUAAUGACUCUCACCCAUUGUGUGAAAAUGUACAUACUUUGGAGUUUUGGAUUCAUCCAAAAAAGCUACUUAUAAACUUGGAGAUUUUUGCAGAAUAAUUCAGUACUCAAAGCCCAUUCCAAAUGGGUCUGGCCCCAGCCCCCUCAUUUGGAGUGGUUUCCGCAGCCCACAGAGGUAGAUUGGACUCUGAGGGCUCUCAUGGGGUGAAUGUAUAAAACAGAGCUUCCCGGAUUUAUUUAUUUAUUUGUCUACCACCCCCUUCUGUGGGGGGUAAGAGCAGUGUCUCCUUGGAAACCUUUCUUAAAGCAAACAAACCCAAAGUGACACCCUGCCUCCCACCCCCACCCCCACCCCCUUCCCCGUUGGCCUUGCAGCUACUGCCACCCCUGAUGGUUGCAGCAUCCUCUGAGGGGCAGUACCUACUCUGGAAACACAGGGCAGGUAGUGGGUGGUCAGUGCACUGGAGACUGGUUUCUUGGUUCAGGUAUGUCGCUCGUCUUCAUUUUUUUCAGAAGUGAUAACUAGGCAUAGGGGCUGGGGGAACGGAGAUGUGGGCCUGAAAAACCUAGAUGUGUCUCCUGACUGCACACUGUGUCUGUGUGGGACUCCUGCUUACCCGAGGGACAGCCUUAAAAAGGGAAGCAAGACACAAGCUUGCAGGAUGCAGCUUCCCGGUAGCCGUCAAGUGUUAACCCUAAGCUGGACAGGCAGAGGGGGACGGCUGUUUCUAGAGAGCACAGAUGGCACUGACUAGAGACGUGAUGCCACUCGGAUGGGGGCCUGUUUGCAGGAUGUAUGUGUGUAAACUCCGUCUAAUGCUAACUCCACCUCAGCGCUUGCAGGUGGAGGAAGGCAGAGUGUAGAAACCCUGAGGGCAAGCCUGGGGCACAAGUAAAGUCAGAAGCUGAUGAUGAGGGCAAUUAGAAAGUUAAAGCUGGGCACUUCCAUGACUGCUUUUGCAAGAAGUCUCUGGGAAAGUGUAGUUUGAAUGUUCUCGUGGGCUCUGAAAGUGCUCAUUUCUUUUUUCUGCUCCCUCUGCCCCUUUUUGGUAGAAAAUCCUCUGAAGACAAUCAGUGGCUUGCUGGCCAGGCCUUCUAGCUGGCUACAGCACUGCCCUCAAGCCUCUUUCUAGUACUAACUCACUGCAACAGAUGCACUUUGUUUCAUGUGUUUUGUCCUUUUUUUCCCCUCCCCUACGAUGCUUGUUUGGAAAAAAAAUGCAUAUUGCAUUGUAUCCUUCCUGCUUGCUGUUUUUCUUUUAACUUUAAAAGAGGAUAACAUAUACUUAAGGAGAAAUAUGCACAAGAAUACAUAUUAAAAUAACUCCCAUCAAGUUUGAUAGUAUAACUUCAAGGGAUUAAAAAAUAACUAUUUUGGA